UAGCAGCGGCGGCGGAUCCGCCCGCGGGCUGAGCGAGGGGAAGGCGGGGACCGGAGGACGCCAGCUGGCGGGGCGCAGUGCGGCCCCGGAGGAUGCUGAGCCCCCGUCCGGCCCGGCCCCGAGCUCAUGAUGGCCAUCCGCGAGCUCAAAGUGUGCCUCCUCGGGGAUACCGGUGUUGGGAAAUCGAGCAUCGUGUGUCGCUUUGUCCAGGAUCACUUUGACCACAACAUCAGCCCGACCAUUGGGGCGUCUUUUAUGACCAAAACUGUGCCUUGUGGAAAUGAACUUCAUAAGUUCCUCAUCUGGGACACUGCUGGUCAGGAACGGUUUCAUUCACUGGCUCCCAUGUACUACCGUGGAUCUGCGGCGGCUGUCAUAGUGUAUGAUAUUACCAAGCAGGAUUCAUUUCAUACCUUGAAGAAAUGGGUGAAAGAACUGAAAGAACAUGGUCCAGAAAACAUCGUGAUGGCUAUCGCUGGAAACAAGUGUGACCUCUCAGACAUCAGGGAAGUGCCCUUGAAGGAUGCUAAGGACUACGCGGAGUCCAUCGGCGCCAUCGUGGUUGAGACCAGUGCAAAGAACGCGAUUAAUAUCGAAGAGCUCUUUCAAGGAAUCAGUCGCCAGAUCCCACCAUUGGACCCCCAUGAGAGCAGAAACAAUGGAACAAUCCACGUGAAGCCAGGCGCGCCGACCGGCCCGCGGUGCUGCUGACACGGGCCGGAGUCCCCCGUGCUUGAAGAGGCCGGAGCCCCCCGCCUCCGCCGCCCUCGGUGGCCGGGCCCCUGGCUCAGAGGGAGGUGAGACCCGCAGGCAACGGGGCGGAGAAGGUCCCUGGAAAAGGAUUCUAGAAAACUCGGGGAAAAGUCACCACACCACCAGAAAAGGGCCUUUAGUGCGUGAAAUUCACUCGGAGGGAAUGGAUUUUAUGUCAUAAUUAUAGUUGAGUUUUUUCGUUAAAAACCUCAAAAUGUUCUUAAAUUUGUACAAAAGUCUUACUGGCUUAUGUGUGUGAGAUGCUAAAGUGGUGUUCCACUCUGAUUGCCUAUGUUUCUAACCAAAUUUCAGGAACUUCUUCAGUGCCAUUGCCUUAGUUACUCAGCCAAGGUCCGCUGAAAGGGUCGUUAACUUCCCUUUCAGUGCAGUGUAACCGGACCAUCCGCUGUAGACUUGCGCUGUUAUGGAAGUGGAGAAAGAUGUAUUAGAAACUAUUGUCUACACUCUGACUUUUACUUGAUGAACAUUGUUUCUAGGUUUUGGUCAUAGAAAGCAACCAACCAAAUCUGACUACAAUAUUUCAUGUCCUUCUGGGAUUCAGGGGCCUGGUUUGGAAGUCGUUGGAGUCAUUACAGCAUAACCUGUGACAAGUGCAGGAUAUAAAUAUUAUUCCAGGGACCACCUGGUUUGCAUCACCUCCACAGUAAUAAAUUCGCACUCUCUUAGGGAAGUUUCACGCGAGUGUUACUUUACUGAUAGAGUUUGUCAUAGUGUCAUAGCUGGGCAACAAAUUAACUGGCAGAUGUUUGAAUCUAAAUUGUAGGGUAAACUUCUAACAAUAUCUAUGAAUAAUAGGUUACAGGAAAGCCAGCCAGAGGAAGUCCCAGCACAUUAAGAUUCUAGCCUUCCCCCCGCCCCCCCCCCCCAAAAAAAACCCCCACCAAAUCAGAGAAAGUCUUUAAGAAGAUGCUAAGCUUUGGCAGUGGAGUGGGUAUUAAGGCUAACCAGAGGUCCAACCUUGGAAUGCCAAUUAGCUGAGAACAGGCUCCGAUGAACUUUGCCUUUUCAGAUUCCCUGUCUGCUCAGUUAAUUAAAGAUGUCUGAGUCCAGUAGAAGGAGAAGGAAAGAAGGCCUGGAAAGGAGCAAAAGCUGUCCCCACUGAAAAUUCAAAUCCUGUUUCCAUUCUAACUUUCGUAAAAACCUGGGAUCAAGUUGGUUUCCUAUGAGGGCUCAUGUUGGGAGGUGACUCUUGGAGGAUAUUCAGAUUGGUGCCUUUCGUGGGGGUGAGAUGUGGUUGAUCACGCAGCAUGGCAUCAGGGCCAGCUGGUACAUUCAAGGCUUAGCAAACAUUAAUUGAAAACAUACAAUGCAGAAAUCAGAGAAGAGAUCAUAAGCUGAUUAAAGACCUCGAACUUUCAGUAACCCUGCUUGAGUCCUGCUAUGCUUUGCUCACCAGCCCUGGAUGGGCGGGGAUGCUGAGUCUGCUAUUAAAAAACGUGAGAGUCCUUGAGAGACCAGAGUCGAGUUCACAUUUCUUCAUGUGGACUGCAAUUAAGAAAACAGAUCGAAAUCUCAAUUUAGAUUUUUUUAAACUUGAGAAAUUGUUGUCAAUUUGACGUUCUUACUGCUUCAUCCAGCUUGCAAGAGCAAUUUGACAAUCUUACGAUGUGAAAGCUGGAAACACUUAUUUUUGGUUCAAGAGUGCCUCUUAGCUCUUCCAGACAGGUUCCUCAAAAAUGGUUAGCAAGUGGCACUUGCAAACCUUGGCAGGGCCUUUGCAGGGAUUUUUAGGGUUUCCUUCACCUUGUAAACAUGACGGGCUACCGUGAUUCUGCUUGCAGGCCAAGUGAUUAUCUUGUUUCUUUCCAAAGCUAAAAAAAAUGUAGGUUGCAAAUUCAAAUGACCUCAUUCCAGGUGUAAUAUAGGCUUAUUUUGGAAUCUUUCAUCAACCAACUGUCCCUGAGGACCUGGGCUUGUCUCUAGACAAGGUUGCCUAGCUAAGGAGGUACACGGCCCAGUGGAGUUCACAGCUUUGGGCUGCCUUCAGUGCUCACAUCUUGCGUAAAAUAGCUGGUCUUAACCAGUGAGCUACCCAUCCAUGAGCCCGUGACUUGAUUUCAGGAGCCCACGAGGGUGGGAACCACUCUUUUGCCUUUCUGUACGGCCUUAACUAUUCAAGCCAUCAGGUGACAAUGUAUCUGUAGUCACUCCUUGGAGCAAUUGGUGGAAAGAGUAGAUGGCACUUGGACACACAAACAUUCGAAGGAAUGCAGAGUCUUGUUUGAAAUAGAUGCUCGAGCCUUAUCCACAAGGAGGCUUUCUUACCUUCCUUUAUUUUGCCUUGAGAUUACUUUCUGGCUAUGCUAAUCUUUGAACUAUAACCAGGUAAUAUUAUGCAAAGGCCUGGAAAUGACUGUUGCUCCAAAAUGUCAAGCAGCGUCCUUCACCCAGUUUCCCCCAAAGUGCUCUUUUCCUCUGUUUCCUUCCUCUCCUGUGCGGUACAUGUGUUUAUAUGUGUAAAUAUGAUUUCAUAUUUGUUAUGCCGACAUGUGAUCCAUUUCACUGUCUGAGGCUGGCUUGUGACUCUGUGUCACGUAAUGCAGGCAGGGCUCUUGGAUUAUUUCCCCGUGGGAAUAUCUAAGAUGGCAGUGAAGUCAUGCAAACAUUUUAUGUACGCACAUAAUUAACCUGCCAUU